UGGGGCAAACAUCGUGGAUUAGUUCAACGCGGUCUUGAACAGCUUCGAGGCUCGCUCCACUCCUUACGCCCAUUACCUCCUAAUGGCAUCUCAGGAGCAUCUGUGCUCACUGCUCCCCCUACCGGUUCUUCAUCCAGUUCUCAAGCAUAUAGUUGGGGACAAGCUCUACGCUUGCCUGUUGGUCUCUCAAUACGCCUUGGAAAUAUGCUUGUCCGUUUUUCCGAUGAGCAAUCUUCAAAUCAGCUACGCGAAUUAGCAGUGACGCCCGUUAUCUCGCAAGAUGCAUUGAACAGCUGGGUUGGCGGCUUGUUACUCGUUGGGUUGACCGAGUUAGCCUUCGGUCAUAAUUCCAAAGCUUGGCAGGUACAAAGUGCACGCGCUGGUGAUUCAAAGUUGUGA